AUGGGCGUGUGGGACAACCUCAAGUCCAAGAUGGGCAUGGGGCCGCCGCCGCCCCCGCCCACGCUGCCGCAGCAGCUGAUCCAAAACGCGACGGCAGCGAUCGAGCAGCACACGCCGGAGCUGACCUGGAAGCAGCGGGCGAUCGGCUUUGGGAUUUGCUUGGGUGUUGGCCUGCUUUUUAGCUUCUUGUCGCUGAUGUUCCUGUGGACCUUCCAGAUCACUAGCUUUGCCGUGCUCUAUUCCUUUGGAUCCGUCCUGUCCCUUAUGAGCACGAUGUUCCUGAUGGGCCCCUGCAAGCAGAUGAAGCGGAUGAUGGACCACGGCCGCUGGCUAGCAUCUAUCGUCUACCUUGUCUCGAUUGGCGCAACCCUGGCGGUCGCAUUCACUGUAAAGGGGCUGCUGGGCGGCAUCCUGGUCAUCAUAUUGUUGGUCAUACAAUUCAUGGCCAUGAUCUGGCCGGGGCCAGCGGUUGCGUCGGAUGCGCUCGCCGACCGCAAGUCGCGCCGCGCCAAGUCGUCCCUCGACGACCCCGGCGGCUAUAUACCAGCGUCCGUGACGGAGAACGGCGGCGCGGGCGACCACCUAUGGAAUAGCUCGCGCAAGUCGCUGGGGUUUGGCGACGUCAGCAAACGCCUGUGGGCGCUGGCGUGGCCGCUUGCUUGGAUGGAAGUGCUCACCUUCACCAAGGAGCUCAUCAUAACCGCGUUCGUGGGGCGGCUGGGCGCGCUGGAGCUGUCGGCGCUCGUGCUGGCCCAGACGCUCUACAACGUCACCGGCAACGCGCCGUGA